GGGCGGGAGGCGCGGCGCGCCUGGGCGCUGCUGUGACAGCGGCGGCGCUUUCCCUUCCGUUCUGUGGGGGCCGCCCCGCGCACCCCCCACAUCCCUCCCGGCCUGGCCCCGCGGCGGAGAGCCAAACGCCGCUGCUCGCCGAGCUCCUUCCCCUCCUCGUCCCGAGCCAGCUGCCGCAGGGAGAAAGGCGGCCAUGUCGCUAUUGUCUGUACUGGUGCCCUUGCUCCGGGUGUACUACAUCGGCCUCCGCGUCAUCCUGCACCAGCUGCGCCGCCGCCUCCACCCGCGCUGCCCCCCGGCCCCAGUUUUCCCUACACAAGAUGGAAAGGUUGCUAUAGUGACUGGAGGUGCCAAAGGAAUUGGUUACCAAACUGUGAAGCAUUUGGCAAGACUUGGCAUGCAUGUUAUAAUAGCUGGAAACAGUGAGAGUGAGGGCCAAGAAGCAGUGAAGAAAAUACAAGAAGAAACUUUGACUCGAAAAGUGGAGUUUUCAUACUGUGAUUUGACUUCCAUGAAGUCUAUAUGGCAAUUUGUGCAGCGGUUUAGAGCAAAGAAUUGUCCACUCCAUGUCCUGGUGAAUAAUGCUGGGGUGAUGCUGGUCCCUGAGAGGAAGACGGAAGAUGGCUUUGAGGAGCACUUUGGUUUGAACUACUUGGGACACUUCUUGUUGACUAACCUCCUCUUGGAUAUACUGAAGCAAUCAGGAACGCACAGUGACAACGCUAGGAUCAUCACUGUCUCAUCAGCCACCCAUUAUGUAGGCAAAUUGCAGCUGAACGACUUACAAAGCAGAUGUUCAUAUUCACCCCAUGGAGCCUACGCCCAAAGCAAACUUGCCCUUGUGUUAUUUACCUAUCAGUUACAGCAUCUUCUGACUGCAAAUGGAAGCCAUGUGACUGCUAAUGUAGUAGACCCUGGAGUAGUGAAUACUGAUCUCUACAAACAUGUCUUUUGGGUUGUAAAAGUGGUCAAAUGGAUGACAGCCUGGCUACUUUUCAAGACUCCAGAGGAAGGAGCCUCUACAACCGUCUAUGCAGCAGUAUCGCCUGAGAUGGAAGGAGCUGGUGGCUGCUACCUUUACAAUGAGCAAAGGACAAAAUCAGCUGACAUUGCAUACGAUGAGGAGCUGCAGAGAAGGCUCUGGACAGAAAGCUGCAAAAUGGUUGGGAUUACUGAUAAAUCUAUCAGAGUUCCCUAGAAGAAGCCACUUCCAGAUGAGUAGAUGAUAUACACUGACAAACAUCUUAGGUGAAUUCUUGAAGCAUCAGUCAUCAUCUUGGAAAUCUGUUCAGUCCCAAAGGCAAACAUGAACCCCUUUGUUCUUCAUUUGAACCCCUAAUCUGCUAGGGUGUGGGGGCUAUGUUCCCACAGGAGGAUGUAGUGGUUGGUUUUAAAUCUAGCCAUCAGUUUUGUAAAUCAUGAUGUUUCAGUCUGUGAUUAAAAUGCAAUCUUUAACCUUGUGCAGAGUUGAGUUUUCAUUAUUUGCUCAGCAACAACAAAAAAACAGACAACAAAACCCUUUAUUUGGCUGUGUUUGUGACACGUUGAACUUAAAUAUAAUUUACUUGUUAGUUGCAGAUUUUUCUCCUUAAGGUUCUUUAGUCUUUAAAACACUUAAUUAUGAAUGUUAGCUUGUUCUAAUGCAGACAUUCAUGAUCACUGUGUUGUUUCUAUCAUAAGAUUGGUUUUGUAUGUCAGCUUUUAUCCAGAAGUAUUAACCGAAGGUCAGAAUAAAAAACAAUAUAAAGACAGGAUGCUGAAUUCAGUUGUUUUCAAUUUGGGUUCAGCUGUCUUUUAAAGAUGAGCCAUAAGAAUGAGGAAGGGAUCAAACAAAAUAAUGAUGGCACUGAUUUUGGCAGAAGAUGCAUUUGGCUUGUUGUCUCAGUAUGGGAUAGGAGUACUUGUCCCCCUUUCUCCUGAACUCAUGUAAACUUACCUCCACAACUUGUUUGGCAACAAGAUUCACUUAACUACUGCCCACUGCAUAAAGAAUCAUCUCCU